AGCAUGCGCAGUGUAGUUUAUUGAAAUACUUUCUGUACGGUCUUUUUCUGCCCUCUGCUGGUGAUUUUGUAGGCUUCACACAGACAGUUUUACACUUUAUUUUUUGAUUGAAUGUGGAUUCAUUACUGGAAUGACAUUGAUUGUAUAAUUGUACAAUGAAUCAAAGGGAUACAUCCAUCGUGAGUUGACCCCCCCCAGUCAAAACAAUAAAUCAGUCAAAACUAUACAUUUUCAGCCUAAAUAUCUCCAGUUGAAAGGUCACAAAACAAGCAUGUGCCCUAGCAGAGAUACUGUAUAUAAUGACGAGAUGCUCUUGUCUCCGCUCUAACUAGCGGGAAGGCAUACGGUCUCAUUUGAGGUUUAAGUUCGGUCUGCUUAUCGCUGUAUUCCCACAGGGACAGAUUUUGAUGGGAGUGGACCCUCUCGCUUCGUUUCGUCCUCUCUGGCAGUAGCCUACUUGGUCAGCUGACUGCAAAACAUCUGACAAGGGUAGAACCAGUCUCGACAGAUUGACACCCUGGUUAACCAACUAUUAUUCGCAUCCUAUGUGUACAUCGUCCAAUUAGAUUCGGAGGUGAUUGAAGAGCAGGGAAAGGGAAACAUAGGGGACCCGAAGAUCUGAAGGAGAAUAUUACAACACACUCUGGAUUUGCAAGUAACAUUGGCAUUAUUCAUGCAUUUAAACUGUAUUUUACGUUUUAUUGGCGGUGUGGAAGGGUUUUUCGGUAAAAGCAGGAUUGCGUAAAACUGAUAGGGUGAGGGGGGAUUGGGGGAAGCGAGCGUCGUCGGGUCAAAAUGUCGAUUCAGUACGAAGUGGAACCGCUGGCAGACAGUUACGGGGUAGCGGACUCGUUUCCCAAAGAUUUUGGCUAUGGAGAAGAGGAGGCCGACAUCGAGGAUAGCCCAACUCCAUCUGACAGCAAACCUAGAAUUCUGCUGAUGGGUUUACGAAGAAGUGGCAAGUCGUCAAUACAGAAGGUGGUAUUCCACAAAAUGUCUCCCAACGAGACGUUGUUCCUGGAGAGCACCAACAAGAUCUACAAGGACGACAUCUCCAGUAGCUCGUUUGUCAACUUCCAGAUCUGGGACUUCCCGGGUCAGGUGGACUUCUUCGACCCCACCUUUGACUACGAGAUGAUCUUCAGAGGCACGGGGGCUUUGAUAUUCGUCAUUGACGCGCAGGAUGACUAUGUGGAGGCGUUGGGCAGACUCCACCUCACCGUGUCACGGGCCUACAGGGUCAACCCUGAGAUUAACUUUGAGGUGUUCAUCCACAAAGUGGACGGCCUCUCCGACGACCACAAGAUCGAGACCCAGAGGGACAUCCACCAGAGAGCCAACGACGACCUGGCAGACGCCAGCCUAGAGAAGCUUCACCUCAGUUUCUAUUUGACCAGUAUCUAUGACCACUCAAUAUUCGAGGCCUUCAGUAAAGUGGUCCAGAAGCUUAUCCCACAGCUGCCAACACUGGAAAACCUUCUAAACAUCUUUAUAUCUAACUCGGGCAUAGAGAAGGCCUUUCUAUUUGACGUGGUCAGCAAGAUCUACAUCGCCACAGACAGCAGUCCGGUGGACAUGCAGUCUUAUGAGCUGUGCUGCGACAUGAUCGACGUGGUUAUAGAUGUCUCCUGCAUCUAUGGUCUGAAGGAGAACGGCAGUGGUAGUGCCUACGACAAGGAGUCCAUGGCCAUCAUCAAGCUGAACAACACCACAGUCCUCUACCUGAAAGAGGUCACCAAGUUCCUGGCGUUGGUCUGCAUCCUCCGGGAGGAGAGCUUUGAGCGCAAAGGCUUGAUAGACUACAACUUCCACUGUUUCCGGAAGGCCAUCCACGAGGUGUUUGAGGUGGGCGUUUCCACACCGUGGACGGGCUCCCAGGCGGCCGGCACGCCCUGCACCAAGGCUGUGACACUCAACGGCACGCCCAGGAGCACUGUCUAAACACAGACAGACACACCGACGGAGAGAUGAUAGGAAAUGACAGAAAGAUCUCAAAUAAAUAGCUGGGGAGAGAUUGUGCGGAGAAGACUAAUGGAUUGGGGUUUUCAGUAAACCAAUCAUAACUCUCCACCCAGAUCCUAAAAAUCACAGGAAGAGGACUAGAGCUAAAAAAUUAAAUGAGUCCGGGCUGAACCCGAAGCUCAGAGGGGAAGGAGGACUGCGAGCUGACAAAGCUAGGAUGGAAGGGAAACGAAAUGCAGAGAUACCAGGAACAUUCAUACAUUUCGUGGGAAUGCAAGGCAUUGUUGUCUGCUGUUCGGCACGAAAACAGCUAAAUGAAAGUCCAACUGGACUGGUAUACAUACACAAGCAAAAGCGUAUUUGGCAUUUGGGAACUUUCAGUGAGAUAGGCCUCACGUGCUGCAAGUCCCAAGAGCCCCGAGGAAGCUUGGUAAUAUCGUUGUCUGUUUUAGCUGCUGGUUCAUCCAUGUGAAGAAGUACUUAAAAAAAAUAAAAAAUGAAACAUUGAUGUAACCCUCGAUAAGGACAAGAAACUGCAAAGGCUGUGUGGGGAUCAGUAUAGUUGUGUAACCCUGUGCAGACUUAUGGGUCGAAGUCUCUAAGAAAUGCUUGGUGUUUAUCCAAAAUGCACAUAGUAUGCCACUUUCUCAAGGCCUUACUUCGAUUGAGCUUGCCUGUUGCAAACUUUCUCUCACUACUCACUUGCCUGUGUGCUGCCCAAGACUUUGCUUCUGGUUUCACUCAUUCUGAAGAAAACAGGGUUCCUCAGAGUGCAAAAGGGAUUGUAGUGUCUACAUUUUUCUGCUUCUGUUCUGCGUGUGUGUGUGUGUGUGUGUGUGUGUGUGUGUGUGUGUGUGUGUGUGUCUGGAAAAGAAGAUAGUUGGCGUUUAUGGAUUCAAGACUGCCCCAUCAUGUUGAUUUGCCAGUGUCGGCCCUAUGCUCCAAGUUGCUGAAGUGUCAUACUGUAUAAUGAUAUGCCAUGUUGGAAAACUGAGCAAAAAAAAAUAAACCUGUUACCAGCG